UCAUCUCGUUUCCUUGUACGCCAUGGCCCAACAGCAACCGCAGUUGAAACUUCCACCGAGGGCCCGAUACGCAGCCAAUAACCGUAAAUACGGCACACCUCUGCCUAUCCUAUUCCCCUCUUCCUCCUCCGCAUCUUCCAAAUCCAUCCUCACAUCUUUCCUUCCGUCUCUAUCCUCUGCUAGAGUUGAAAUCCAGCAUAUCACAGGCGAAUAUGAUCCAACUACAGGAAGUGUAUGGAUAACAGACCCGAAAAUGAUGGAUUUGGCUUUUCAAAAAGGUUUCUUUGGGAAAGGUAGCCUGAGUAGGAGUGAACCGAGUUGGCGGUCGAGGAGGAUUGGAUUGUUGAAAGGUGGUGAUACUCUAGCGGCAGAGCAAAUGCGCGAGAAGAGGCGAUUAGAGCGUAAGCAAUUCAAGAUUGAUAGGGCGCAAGCAAUGCUGGAUGCGGCCAAAAAGGCGGAAGCCAUCGUAGCGGCUGCAAAAUCUCAACCGGAACCGAAAGCGCAAUCUCAACUUCAACCUGGUGAUAACGAAGGGGACGAUGUAGAAGAUGGCGAAGGAGAAGGGGACGAAGCAGACGUCUCGCUCGUGGUCACUCCCGAUAAUGAGGUCGACUUGGAGGGAGAAGCGGAAACACAAUCACAAUUACCAGCCGGGGGAGAAGCAUUGGCCAGCCAAAGCCAAAUCGAGAUUGAUCCACUCAGCUUGACGCCGCAGACGUUCCUUGUCCGACCGACAAGGCCGGAUGCGAAUCGGAAUAGGGGGAGAAAUGCUUUUCGUCGGCGACCCCCUCAAUCUCAGGCUCAAGCUCAGGUUCAGGACAAUACUGAUACAUCUGUGGCCACUCCCGCCGUUGUUACCGCACCCUCGACCGAACAAACUACCCAAGCCCCCGCCGACGCUGACGUCGAUAUGGAAGCCGAAGAGGACCUAUUUGACGAAUCCCUCGUUGAAGAGAUGGAAUAUCUCCAACUCUCCAUCGAAGAAUCCCUCUUCCUCUCCCUAGCCAUCGGGGUGCUUCGUGUGUACGAUCCUUCCACUGGCAUGUACCUCACCCCGACAUCGAACUCUGCGGAUGCAGGCGAGCUAUUGAAAUUGCUCCUCCCUAGGCCCUCACCGUCUUCACCUCUUUCUGCCCAAUUGUCUGUCUCUGAGGGUAAAGGAGCACCGUUAUUGCCGGAUAACCCUGCACUAGUUAGUUAUGCGGUGUACCACCAUUUCAGAAGUCUGGGCUGGGUUGUGAAGGAUGGCAUCAAGUUCUGUGUAGAUUGGCUUUUGUACCGCCGAGGACCAGUGUUUUCCCAUUCUGCUUUCGCGUGCGUUAUCAUCCCUGUGUAUGCUGAUACGCAUGACCAAGCGGUUUCACCGUAUGGGGGGGAGGAUUGGUAUGAAGAAAAGAUGAGUUGGAAGUGGAUGAACACCGUUAUCAGGGUGAAUGCGCUCGUACAAAAGAACGUCAUCGCAGUUUAUAUCACUAUACCGCCUAUUUCUUCCUUCCCAUCCAACUUGAAGUUAGCGGAUGGCACCCUCGAUCCAAAGAAGAAUGAUCUCAAGAGUCUGUUAAAGAGCUAUACCAUUCGAGAAGUAGCGCUUACGAGGUUUGGAGCUACAAGACGACGUGAUUAGAAUGACAUGUAUAAUCCAAUGACGACGAGUUUCUGAUCAUUCUGUGUUGAGCUUGGCCAAAUAUCCAGUAAUGAAGUCCCUAAAGUCGGCCCUUCGUCACGAAACCAGUGUCUUGUUUCUUGUUGAACAAUGCCUUUGAAGGCAAUAAGCGGAAGCCAGAGUAGUAGUUUG